UUACACUUUUUGUUUUUAUUUUCACUCAUAUUAGUUAAUUCAAUUUAAUUCUUAGAAAUUAGAUUUUUUACAGACACACGAUGCGAUGAACUUACUUUGAACAGAAAUCGAAUGACUGACUAUCUCGAUUUGUUUACUAUUUUUCAAAAUAGGGUUUACACACAAACAAUAAGAUAAUUCAACGCUGUUGUGUGAUUUAUUAAUAGCUGUUGUUGUUUUUAAGAUAAUGGACUGUUCCAGUCCUUGAAACAUUCCUUAAUUAAGUGAAAAAUCUAAAAUUAUUGAAUUUUUUUUCAACGGUUUUCAAAAUAUUUGAAUUCAUAAUUUUUGUCAUUGAACACACAAAAAAAUAUCAACAAUUCAAAUUAUUCUUUUAUUAAAAACGAAAAAAAGGUUUUAAUUAAAGCAUUAAAAGGUAUUUAAUUAUCGUAGAAACUUUAAAGAACAUAUACUCAAUUGAUAAGUAGUCGGAAUAUUGCAUCGAGAAGUUAAAUGGAAUAGUGAAGUUUAAAUAAAAGCGUGAAAGAUCAACAAAAAAAAAAUGAUUGUAACAUCAAAGGCAUUUAAUGCCGUCCAAAACCUCAAUAUUAAGGAACUAUUAAACUGUUCAGAGAAGGAAAUAAGACCUUUCCUGUUGUGUAUGGUUCGAUCAGUCUUAAUUGGAAGAAAUUUUGAUGAAAGUCAAAAGGAAUUUUUGCUAAUUUUAGUCGGAUCUGAAAUUGUCAACAAUUUAGUAGCUUUAUUGCAAGUAAAUUAUGUUGAAUUGGAGAGCGACAUAAAAAAAGAGCAACAGUUGAGACAAAAAAUCAACUCAUCAUCCAGUCAACAAGAUGCAGCACAAUUUCAUGAUCUUCAGAAUGUAAUAUUAGGCUUUGAAAGAGCUGAUGCUACUAGAAAGAUUCGAAUUGUUUUAUCAGAACUAUUUUACAUUCAAUCUCAAAUAAUAGAACAGAAUCAGCAUAGGUCAGAAAUCAUUAAUUCAGAGCUGUUUGACAAUGAAAUAUAUUUGGAAGAAAUUUCGGAUAUCAUCUGUAUUGCUCUUGCUGAACUUCCAUCAAUCUUACAAACAAAUGAAAUGAUUGAAAUACUUUUAUAUGUUAAUAAUGGAAGACAAAUUAUCUGCUGGAUUGUAGCAAAUAUGCCUGACUGCUUUAAAGAAAUAAUAUCGGCUCUUUUGAACAGCGAAGAAGAUAAUUUUGAAGGAAAAUUGAGACUGGCAACAUUAAACUUAUUAUGUGAAAUAAAUCCAGCACAAUCAUUGUCAAUAAGAGCAACGUGCAUACAAUUAAAAGCUAUGCCUUCAUUAAUGUUAAAGUUGAGUCUCAAUGAUUCUGAAGAUCUUGUUCCUUUUUUGACAGGAAUAUUAUUAGGGACUGAUCAAAGUACUCGAACUUGGUUUUCAAUGUAUAUAAAAGCCAGUCAGAAGAGAAAAGGAGAUGUACUUCAUUUAUUGAGAGAGAAAUUGCUUGGCGAACUCAGAAACUUUUUGUCGUUUAUAAGCGACCAAAAUCUCCAAGAUGAACAUGUCGUCGAAUGUGCUUCCCUUCUCCGACUAUAUUGUGCUUUGAGAGGAAUUGCAGGAUUGAAAUUUAACGAUGAUGAAAUUUUUGCCUUAGUCAGUUUAAUUACAACAAAGCCUCGUCCAUCAUCUAAAGGAAUUUACUUUAUAUCGCUCGGUUUAUGUAUGCUGAUAGCAUGUCCCUCACUUAUUUCUCAGCCACAACUCGAAGCCAAAGCAAUCAAUUGGAUGCAGUGGCUAAUGAAGGAAGAAGCAUAUUUUGAAAGCGUCAGCGAGGUAUCAGCUUCAUUUGGAGAGCUAUUGAUUCUAUUGGCAAUUCAUUUUCAUAGCAAUCAAUUUACAAACAUCAGCGACUUGGUUUGUUCGACUUUGGGGAUGAAAAUUCUUCUAAGACAGAAUAAUACAUCGAGAAUGAGACAAAUUUUUACACAAGAAAUAUUUACCGAGCAAGUUGUUGCUGCUCAUGCUGUAAAAGUCCCUGUAACAAAUAAUUUAAAUGCAAACAUUCAGGGUCAUUUGCCAAUUCAUUGUAUACAUCAGCUUUUAAAAUCAAGAGCAUUUUCGAAGCACAAAGUCGUUAUUAAGAACUGGAUUUUUAAGCAGAUUUGUAACUCAACAACACCAUUACAUCCAGUAAUGCCUGCUUUAAUUGAAGUUUUUGUAAAUUCAAUUUUAAUUUCAUCAAAUACUAAAUCGUCUACAGAGCAGCCAUUGAGCGAAAGUGACAUUAAGAAAGUUUUUCAAAAAUCUGAAAUUGCUUUCAAUCACAAGAUUUCAAAAGGUAAAGGAGAUAAGAAGGUGUUAAGUACCAAUGAAGGAGUAAAUCUUGCAUGUGACUUGACAUCACAACUAUUGAUCUUAUAUUACUUAUUAUACUAUGAAGAUACACGCUUAAACAACAUGAUUAAUAUCCUACAAAGUGGACGACUAGUAAAAAGUUAUUCAAGUGAAUUUCUUUCAGAACUACCGAUAAAAUAUCUAUUACAGUUUGCACAAAAAAGACAAAAUGACUUUGAAGCAUUAUUCAGUCCAUUACUUCGGCUUUUUAUUACACAUUUUCCACACUUAUCGCUCGUUGAUGAUUGGAUAGGAUUAAAUUGGAAAAUCAAUGCAUCAUUUUCAAGAAAGGUCGAAAAAAUAAGCGAAUUUCAUAUAGUUGAAGCAUUUGAAGAAAUUCAUGCAUGCCCAUCAAAAGUGAUACGCUUAUUAAAAGUAAUGCUGUCAAGACCUUCCGAAGAAGUUUGGUCACUGGCUGAAAGUUUUAUAAGAUACUUUAAGAAAAUUCUUGAUCCAUCCGUUCCAAGACUAAUUCAAGAGCUAUAUAAACAAGUUUGGAUGAAAUUAAAUACAAUUUUGCCUCGUCAACUUUGGCUUUUAACAAUCAAUGCAUUAAUGCCAGAUGAUACAAUUACUAAACAUAUCGUAUUAAAUCAGGAAAAUAUUGCCAUUGAACCGUUACAAAUUUUAAGAUGCGACGAAAGAGUCUUCAGAUGUCCUGAUGCCUUAACAAUUAUUUUAAAAAUCCUACAAGCUAGUUUAUUGGCGUCAAAAAUUCAAUUGUCUCGACACAUGAUGGAUAAGCCGCUUUUUAGUAAAGCAGGUCAAAUUCAAAAUGAAGCACAACGUGAGGAAUUGAAAGUAGCUUUAGUUGCUUCACAGGAAAGUUUAGGUGUGCAAAUCUUAUUGGAAACGUGCAUGGAAAAUAAAGAAUAUGACAAUAUGGAUGGGAACAAUUAUUCACUAAGAGAAAUACGAGGAAUUGUCAAUUCCUAUUUACAUCAAGUUUUUAUAACGGAACCAUCGCUUUGCAAGUUGGUUCAUUUUCAAGGAUAUUCAAGAAAAUUACUGAGUCUUACAGUUCAAGGAAUUCCUUCAAUGCACAUUUGCUUAGACUUUAUACCUGAACUUUUAAGUAUGCCCGAAAUGGACAAACAAAUAUUUGCUAUCGACCUAACAUCACAUUUGAGUUUACAAUAUGCAUUCGGUAAAGGAAUGGGCGUUGCAAAACUUUGCAUUAACACGUUAAUAACACUUUUGGGGAUUUUAUCAACAAAUUCUAGAAUUAAAAUGUUUAAACCAAUUUUACCAUGCAUUGUAAGGUUUGCUGAAGCGUUUCCACCUUUGCUUGAUGACUGUGUACAGUUUUUGAUGCAAUUAGGGAGAAUAAUUGAGUCGCAAGCUGUUAUUGGAAGAAAAACAGAACCUCUUUCGAGUAUAAUUUAUUUCAAUCGUCCAAGAAUCGGACAUAAUGACUCCGACAAAGGCACCGAAUAUUUUAUUGAGGAAAUUAGAGAUGUAUUUACAAAUUUGUGCACUGAAGCGAUUCUUAAACCGAAGAUUUUUUAAUUAAAAUAAAAAAUGAUUUUAUUUCAAUACCGUUAAUGGAUAAUAAUAAUUAAUUAAUCAAUAAAUUGUAAAAAGUAUGAAUACAGAAUGAAAUUGUCAUUUAAUAAAUUAUUUGUAAAAAUUUUCAAAGUAUGCAAUACUAUUCUUUGCCAUUCCAUGUUGGAUGAUAUCUGGACUUACGUUUCGUUCAUUAUGGCGAAUUACU